CGCUGCGCGAACGCUGAGCUUGGGAUUUCUGUCGUUCUCGCGAUUUGUUUUUUCGAUCUCUCCAUCUCUUCGUUUUUGCUAUUGUUUCUGUUACUAUCUGUCUUUCUCUCACGUCGAUCGGGAUCGAGAGAUCCUCUCGAUGCACGUGACCUUGUCCUUCUUCUCUUUGGUGAUCUGGGAAGAGGUACACUUGGACGUACAAGGGGGUGAUUGUUUUCGCGUGCAGUGCUCCAGAAAAACUUGGAGUGAUCGAAAGCCGGCAGUGCGUGCAGGAAGGAUGUAGAUCUUGUGUCUCUUGUCUGAUGCGAGAAAUCUCGAGGGAUACUGGAAGAUGCUACGUCCUCUUUGAGGAUAUCCACGGUCAUGGCGAACGGGGUCUCGUGACGGUUCGUGAGAGAUCGGUGGGCCAACGAGGAGAUAAGAACCAGGCCAUCCUUGAAGAGAUCCGCCUGUCGGUAUUUCGCGAGCUGAUGACCUCGCAAGCAGUCGUGCACUCACCUCCGCAUCGAUUCGAUCGAAGCACCGCAAUCUCCCUUCAGUAACGCUGAAGGGUCAGCGCGCGUGGUAGUGGUGGGUCAACGAAAAAUGCGAUAGGAACGGACGGAUACGACUACGAGAGGACGAGGAAGAAAACGGGUGGGUUUGUUGCCCGAUGAGAGAGCACCAUGUGCUCGAUCGUACCGGUCUGGCGGCGGAGGGCUGCGCUCCUCGGCACGAUGUUGCUACUAUUGUCCUGGGGAACAGACGCGGCGGAGGGCUGUCCGAGCAUGUGCGUGUGCAAGUGGAAAGGCGGGAAGGAAUGGGUCGAGUGUGCGAAUCGCGGUCUCAAAGGAUUACCGCAGGGUGCUCGAGAGGAGACGCAGGUGCUCGACUUGUCAGGCAAUCAUCUCGUCAACUUGCCGUCAGAAUGCUUUCGCGCUCUCGGUUUGAUCAACCUUCAGCGGCUCUAUCUGGGCAAAUCUCAAAUCAAUCGCAUUGCCUCUGAGGCGUUCGUCGGACUAGUCGGCCUAGUGGAGCUCGAUCUAUCUGAGAACAAGAUUGAAGAGGUGCCUACGGACACGUUCGCGUCCUACCCGAGUUUAAUGAGGCUUAUAUUAAAUGGGAAUCCAAUCAGGGAGAUUCGCCAAGACGCAUUUCUCCGACUGGUACAUCUAACUACCUUGGAGAUCAGCAAGUGCGCGAUAGAAGUUAUCGAACAGAACGCUUUCGAGGGCCUUCAGUCGCUGGAGUGGCUUCGGCUGGAUGGCAAUCGACUCACCUACGUGCCAGAUCACACUCUGCCGCUGGGGGGAAAUCUCCGAGGAUUGACUCUUCACAACAAUCCGUGGCAGUGCGACUGUAGACUGAGAAUAAUGCAUACCUGGUUGAAGGAGUCUGCUCCGGCGGCGCCGCAGGAGUCCGAACCCGUCUGCGAUUCCCCGGGGAGACUGCACAGCAAGCAAAUCACGAAACUCAAGGUCAACGAUCUAGCCUGCCUACCGCGUAUCGAUCUUCAAGAUCAUUUAGAGGUUUACGAGGGCGGGAAUAUCACUUUGAGAUGUGAUGUUCAUGCGAUUCCGACUGCCAAGGUCACUUGGUGGUUCAACGGAGAACCGUGCGAGCUGCAGCACGAAAACAAUUCCAUGACCGGCAGUAUUUCUACAUUUCCAAGGUACAUCUAUAGACAACGAGGCGGGACCAACAUGAGCAGCACGCUGUUCCUCUACUCGAUCGAAUCGCUCGACGAGGGCACCUACAGCUGUAUCGCAGAAAACAGCGCGGGUUCUGCGAUGGGAAAUCUUUCUCUCCGUGUGUUCUUUCGUGAGAAACCUACCGUGGAGCCACCCUCCGACAAUCGCGGUUCUGGCUACGUGGCCGCAAUUGUCGCGGGCGCACUGGUGGGCACUCUUUUGGCACUGAGUUGUUUGAUAGGUAGUGUGAUAUACUGCGCAAAGAAACGGCGUCGCGACCGAAAGCGCAAUUCGAAAGCGUUGGUGACGCAGAGCAAAUCGGUGCUGCCAAUCACGAAAGAUACCAGCAGUAGUACUUGCCGGAAAGGUAAUGGUAGCCUAAUCGGCGGUCUCGAGCAUCAGCAGAUGGUCUCGUAUACCGAACGUGAGAUCAAUCGUGCGACCACUUUGGAACGCCGGGAACACACCAGGAACAAUCACCUGGAUCGAGAUGCGUAUUCAGUGGCGAGUCCGGUUGCCAAGUACCUGACUGAACCUGAUCUGAUCAACGAGGUACCCGAGAAUACCGAGGUGGGCUACGGUCAGCUGUAUGGACGGCAUCAUCAGCGUGCCGGCGGCAUCGGGCAGAUCUUGGAGUACGACUCGGGUUAUCCGUUACAGCCCGAUUUGCGACCGCCGCCAGUGCUGCCACAGAUGAGCUACCUGGAUCAGGAUGGCUAUCCGCUCAAUUUUGGCCUGCCCAAGAUCACCUUCAGCACCGCCAGUACUCUGCCCAGGCUCCGACAACGUAUGUCGGAGCCAGGUUCGGCGGCAGCGCCAGCGGCCAGAUACUCGCGCGAGGCGGAAUUUCUCGCAAGAUCACCGGGAUACGAUCCCAUUUUACCACGAACUGACGCCAGGUACACCGCCGAAGGUUAUCCCUAUCCGGUGCAUCAGCAUCAGCAUCAGCAUCAGCAUCAACAUCAGCAUCAGCAUCAACAGCAACAGCAACCGCAGACAAUACAGCCACCACCACCAAUUCAACCGGUCGAGCAACCAAUUCAGCAACAACUACCUAUUCAGUCGCCAGUCUCGCCGGUUGCUGUUUUCCCAGAGGUACCCUUCAUACCAUCACCUCCAGCGGCUUAUAGAGGUGAAACUACUCCGCUGUCACCGCGAUCUCUCCUCGGCAAAACCGCUCGCGAGGCCGCGGCUGCGGCUGCCGCGAGAGCGGAAGAACUCCAACCGCCGAAUCAUCCGGAAAGUCCUGACGAAGGUUACGUAGGGGACGCUAUGGACGUCUGAAGAAACCGAAUCAGACGAAAGUCUGUUAUCGGAUCUGAAAACACAUGAAAUACAUCCUGGAUCUACUGUGAAUAAAAUUAAUAUAUUAUUUGCU